AUGGCUGCUUGCGUUGCUUGCCAGCAACCUCUGGUGCUCGAGCUUGAACCCGACGAAGAUGAGGAUGUCGAGAUGGGAACUUCAUCAUCGGGGAAGGCGCCCGCUGCAGCUCCGCAAACCGUCCCCGAUGACCUGCAUCUCAAUUGCGGAUGCCACUUUCACUGGCAAUGCCUCCUCGAAGCCUACCAAGUAACCGAAUGCCCCAACUGCGGCAAGAACAUCGCGACCAUCUCUUCCAAUGGAACCCAGCAAGUCUUCUGCGACCUACACAACGAAGGAGGGCUACAAAAGAAGCUUGACAUACUCCCACUGCUCACUGAAGAGAGUUAUCUCAAAGCAUAUCCCGAAGAUCGCAAAUGUCGCGCCUUCCUCGAGUUCUGUCGUGAAGGGGAUGUUAGAGCUAUCAUUAGCAUGUUACAAGAUGAUGGCGAGGAUGAAGAUGGUGAGCACGAUGAUGAGGACAUGGAAGAAGGCCAACUACAAGGGCGGACAAUUGGUCCGGAUGAACUGCUAAGAUACCAGGAUCCAAUUGGUGACAUGCAGUCCGGCUUGCAUGCUGCGGUGCAGGCGGGUAGUAGGGAGGUCGCGUGGUUGCUUCUACUACUUGCAAGUAAUCUGGACCUGAUGCAGUUUCCGGCUGAGGUGUUUCAAGAGGCAGAGACGUUGGGGAUUAUGAGGGGAGACGUGGAGGGCAAGACAGAUAUCCGAAGUCUGAAGGAUGCGGAUGGGAAGUCGGCAGAGGAUUUGGCAAAAGAGCUUGGAGGAGUUUGGGCAGGAUGGGAAGGUACUGGAAGACUUACUCUAUGA